AUGUGGGGAAGGAAUUCGACGCCUACAGUUUACAGAGGUAUUGUACCUACCGUUAGGUGCUCAGGCACUGUAGCGUGCUUCCCAUCCACGACGAUCAGCGUCUUAUCUUCCGCCGCCGCCGCCAUCAUCCUUCAGGCUUCAGCCGUACCGUGUUCGAAUGCGCGGACACCUACGGGUGGGAUCGUGGAUGACCUGCUCUUUGCUCUUGAGUCGUCGUCUGUUUCUUAUCGGAAUAUUGUGCAAAAGUGGGGAUACCAGUACUAUGUAUCGAGAUUCGACGGGGUGAUUUCGGACCUUCGGUGGAUUCUUAGCAGCGAGGUACUUUACGAACUCAUCGGAUUCGCAGUGCGAUGUACAUACCAGCUUCCAGAAUCAACGGCGUGUGGAAUAAGGCUGCCGGACGCGGAAUCGAUGUUGACGUCGAGGAACCCGGGCAAGCUGCCUAGCCCUAGGCCCAAACAGGAGCUAUUUUCCAUGCUUUUCGUUGCGGCUUCAGCUCUCGACUCUCGAGCGAGACGUGGUGAUGAUGAUACAGGUGCAGGCAUGCGCAUGGUGAUCAGAUGGGGGUUUCCGGAAUCACGACAGAUGAAACUCCGGCACGGGGGGAUGGGCGUGAUCGAUGCGCGGGGGUGGGAGGGUUGA